AUGGCAAAAGCCAAGGACCUUCCUGAUCCGGUGGUGGACUUGACGUGGAUGAGCCGGGCGCUGGCACCGGUGGGCAUGUGGGGUCCCUCGGGCGGCAGCCGGCUGUACUACGCCUACUCGCUGUGGACCAUCGUGCAGCUGGUGCUGACGGCCGCCGGCCAGGUGGCGGGGCUGCAGGGCCACUGGGACGACCUGCAGACCGUCUUCACCACGCUCUGCUUCGCCUUCACCGUCACCUGCACCAUCAUCAAGGGUACCAUCUUCGUGCUGCAGCGGGAGAGCAUGGACGCGCUGAAGCGGCACAUCGAGCGCAACGCGGCCGAGUUCUGCUCGCACCUGCCGGAGGAGCGCCGCUCGCUACUGGUGCGAGCGCGCAACCUGUCGCGCCUCAUCGUCUGCUCCUUCCAGAGCGUGGGCGGAGUCACGCUCGUCUCCUUCAUCACGGGGCCGAUCGUGCAGAACGGCCGCGACCGGGAGCUGCUGGCCAGCGGGCUCAGUAAGUCACAGCAGGGCCCCUCAGGAAACGUAGUAGAGCACUCUUUGUCAGUUGGCAAAGUGGCUGUCAGGCUCUUCUCGAGGGCGUAA